UCCGGCAAGGAACUAUCCAUGGUUUUAUUGGUCCCAACGGAGCCGGAAAAACAACUACUUUAAAAUGCCUAAUGGACGGAAUAGAACCCAGUAGCGGAGAAAUUUAUUUGGACAACCAAAAAAUUCGCCAAAAUGAAUUAGUUAAUCAAAAAAUCGGUUUCAUGACCGAAAGAGUUAGAUUUAGUGAUAACAUGAGCGUAGAGAAUUUUAUUCAUUUAGCGGGUCAACUACGGAAUAUUUCCGCUUCGGAAAUAGAAAAACGCUUACGAAAAUCCGAUUUAAAUAAUCACCGCUAUAAAAAUUUCCUUGACGAACCAACUUCCGGUCUAGACCCUUCUUACCGCGGAAUUUUACUUAAACAAUUAGAACAUGCCCGCCAGCGAGGCGUUACUAUUUUAAUUUCUAGCCAUAUUCUAUCCGAUUUACAAAAAUUAGUUGAUGAGGUUACUUUUAUUGACAAAGGAAAAAUUGUUUACACAGGAGAUAAACCGGCUGAUAUUGAAGAAAUUUACGAAAAACUGAUUUUGAAAGAAAAAAUGAAACAGCCAGACCAAUUUACAGUUCAAGGUUCUAUUGAAAACAUACUUAGCAAAGUUUUCCAGCAAAAAAUUAACAUUUUAGCGGCUAGUCGCACCGAUAAAGGAGUUCAUGCUCUCGACCAGAAAUUUACCCUCCGCUUAAACCGCUUUUUCCCUCCCUCCGAACUGUUUAAUUUAUUAAAAAAAGUCCUUCGCCAAUAUGUCCUAAUUAAAAAAGUUCAAACCGUAGAUAAUAAUUUUCACCCUAUUCGGAAUGUGGUUAGCAAAGAAUAUCGCUACUUUAUUGAUACUGGCGAAUACAAUAUUUUUCAAAAAAAAAGUAAUUUUGCUAAAAUCCCCAAUUCCUUUUCUAACUCGCCGCCAAAGCAAAAAAAUCUACCUCCACCAAUACCUAAACCGCCACCCAUUCCUGUUCCAGACGAUUAUAUUGGUCAACUUUUAGAAAAAGGUUAUAAUGAUGCGGGGGUAACCAAAACUUUGUCUGUUACAAAAGAAGGAGAAAAAAUAAUAGGGGGAAAAUGUGAUGAUUUAGUAGUUAUCGUGCGGAAAAAAUCUGCUAAAGUUUCUUGUUUAUAUGCCAAUGCCGACGGACCAUUCUUCGGAACCUCCGGUGGAACCGCUUUUUACUUGGCUCUAAUAUCGGCUAUCCAUAAAAAACCUUUGCCGAACAAUUUAGCCUCGACCGGCGAAAUCAAAAUUAAUGAAAAGAAAGUAUCAGCAAUAGGGGGUUUACCAGACAAAAUUGAUGCUGCUUUUGAAAAAAGGACCGAAAUUUUAGUCCUUCCAGAAUCUAACAAAAAUUUUUUUAAAUUUGAAACUAAAAAUAAAAACAAACCGCCAACCGACCAACCACAACCCGAAAAAAAGGCCACUCUUCAUUUUGUCGAUAAUUGCCAACAAUUAAGAGAUUUAGUUUUCCAAAACAAAUUAAACUAA